AUGUCGGCUGGUCCUCACACACCCAGUGACGAUCGCCCAACUGAUGCAAGAAACAAAUCCGUGGCUGCUGACCUUAUAACAGCUCGCGAAGAGGAAGACGACGAGAGCCACAAAUUCAAAGACGACCAUAACGGUGAAGAGCGUCAACGAGAUAGGGCUAAUGAUGAAGAUUUGUUCAGGCGCCGCCGCAGAAGUGGGAGCAAUUCUCCUUCACGUGGUCGUCGUUCUUCAUCACGUAGCCGGCGUUCUCGCUCGCCACGGCAAACUCCACGAAGAUCGCGAUCCCCACGAACGCCUCAAGGUACAUAUCCCGAUUCGUAUGGUACCACCAAAGGUCGCUCUUCGUAUAAUGAUCCUUACGAAAAUGAUAGAAGGGAACGGGAAUCUGAUAGGGACAGAGUGAGGGAACCUCACCGUGAACGAAAUAGAAGAGAGCAUAGUCGAUCAAGAGAGAGAUCUGCGAGAAGUUUCAGGUCAGAUCGUAGUUAUAGUCAAAGAAUAAGCGCCAGGGAGACUGCGGCUUUCGCGGCUUCACAGAAAUCACAAAAGGAAUGUCGAGUAUAUGUGGGUAAUUUAGCCUAUGAAGUUAAAUGGGCACAGUUGAAAGAUUUUAUGCGACAAGCUGGUGAGGUGGUGUUUGCGGAUGUUCUGAUGCAACCUAAUGGAAUGUCAAAGGGUUGUGGAGUUGUUGAAUAUCGUACACCUGAAGACGCUCGACGGGCGAUUCAGACCUUGAACGAUACAGAUUUGCUAGGACGACCAGUAUUCAUCCGCGAAGAUAGGGAGAGUGAAGCGAAAUUUGGUACUGGAUUACCUAAUCGUGCUCCUGAUAGAAGUGGAGGGGGAGGGGGUGGAGGAAACAACAACGUGCCCAGUGGCGGAAACAACCCCGGUGGUGGUGGGGGCAACGCGGGCCGACAAAUAUUCGUGGGAAAUUUGCCGUAUUCUGUCGGCUGGCAAGAACUGAAAGAUUUAUUUAGGAAUGCUGGGAAUAUCAUUAGGGCGGACAUUUUAAUUGGACACGAUCGUCGUUCUAAAGGAUCAGGGACAGUGUUAUUCGAAACUCCAAUUGAUGCAGCCAAUGCUAUUUCUAAGUACGAUGGGUACGAGUGGAAUGGUAGAAGGAUUGAAGUUCGAGAGGGUGGGGAUGUGUUAGAGUCUGAAAAGAAUAUUGAGACGGUGGGUAUUCUUUUACCCGACUUCAUUUAUCCCUCAUUCUCGCAGGAUCGUUUUGCUGGAGGGCCGCCGCCGCCAAGAUUUGCUGGUCGACCUCGGUUAUAUAAUCCAUCAUAUGGCGGCGGAUCGGGUGGGCCUUACUACGGCGGAGGCUAUGGAUCGGGCUAUAUGUCUAUGAGCGGAGGCCCCGGACAAUAUGAGACGUAUGGCGGCGGUUAUGGUGAAUUUGGCGGUAGCGGUGGCAUGUUAGACUAUAGCGGCGGUGAGUUUGGUGGUAAUUACGGAGCACCGUACGGAGCUGGAUCUGGUUAUGACGGAACAUCAGGGUACUAUGGAGCACAGGGAUCAUCCUCUGGUGGUGUAUCAGGAACUCAAGUCUAUGUCAAAAACCUUCCAUAUACUACUACAAAUCUCGACUUGAGGGAACUUUUCAAGCACUGUGGUAAUGUUGUGAGAACAGAAAUACUCGAGAUUAACGGUCGACCAAGAGGGGCGGGAAUAGUGCAAUUUGAAAACUACGAGUCAGCGCGUCUUGCUAUCGAGAAGUUUAAUGGAUAUACAUAUGGUGGCCGUGCGAUCGAUGUAGUUUUCGAUCGAUUUGCACAGUGA